UACAGAAGCCCAACAACUCCCACAAGAUCAAUCCACAUCUUUCUUCUUCACCAAGACAGGAAGCAAAAGAGCUUUCGAUAUAAAUCACAGAGGCCAAGACUCUGCGCGGAGAGAGAGGGACAGAGAGCGAGAGAGAAAAGAAGGGAAGGGGAAAAUGGAGUGUGUGUUUGGGCUGGUGGGCGAUGGGUUCGCGGUCAUUGCCGCCGACACUUCGGCGGUGAACAGCAUACUGGUACACAAGUCAAACGAGGACAAGAUCAUGAUUCUCGAUUCCCACAAACUCAUGGGCGCUAGCGGCGACAUGGUUCAAUUUACGGAAUACAUCCAGAAGAACGUCCAUCUCUACCAAUUCCGCAACGGGAUCCCUCUAACUACUGCAGCAGCAGCAAAUUUCACCCGAGGCGAGCUCGCUACUGCACUGAGAAAGAAUCCAUACUUCGUAAAUAUUCUUCUUGCUGGAUAUGACAAAGAAACUGGCCCAUCUCUGUAUUAUAUCGACUACAUUGCCACUCUCCACAAGAUCCAGAAAGGUGCAUUUGGUUACGGUUCCUAUUUCUGCCUGUCAAUGAUGGACAGACACUAUCACAGUGGCAUGUCCGUGGAGGAGGCUGUUGACCUCAUAGACAAGUGCAUAAUGGAGAUUUGGUCGAGACUGGUUGUCGCCCCACCUAAUUUUGUGAUCAAGAUUGUGGAUAAAGAUGGAGCAAGGGAGUAUGCCUGGCGUGAGACCAUCAAAGAUGCUGGUGUUGCUGCUGCUUAAGUUUUGUUUGUCAUUUUUUAUUUCCAUAGAAUAUUAGUAUUUCCCAAUUUCACCCCAUUUUCGUUAUAGUGAUACUGGGUUCGACAGUAUUGUAGGACAGAUCAUCUUUGCGGUUGAUGAUGCACGUGAACCAACUCGAUUGCAUUGUAUGGAAGUUAAAGACGUGCAUAUUUUUACAAUUGAUGAACUUUUGUGCCAAUUAUUCAUUUUUACUUUUAUUUGGAUAACAUGCUGCGGGUAGGGUAGGCAACCCUCUGCAACAUUUUGGCAAGCUGGGCGACUGAACCUUUGUCCUCGACUUGAAGGUCUCAAGUCCAAUACACUGGCCUGGUGGAGAGAGUCGGGGAGCAAUUACAGUAUCAAAAUUGUAACUAUGAUC